ACACGUACGUGUCUGUAGACGACCUAAGUUAUUUUCCUUGUAUUCGAUAUCAGUUGGCUUUUACAGAAUGUUGAAGUCCCGGAUGGGAUCAACGUGUGUUCGUAAGCAGUUCGUGUUCAACUCGAGCAGGAUACUGAAAAUAUUGAAUACCUACUCCUAUGACGUCGUCCAACUGUUUCCAAUUAAAGCCUACAUUCUCCUGAUACUUAUGGUAUAUUAUGUACAGUCCACGUACUCCGGUACCGAAGUCCUUCAUGAUCAACUCCGACUCCAUGGAAAAUGAUAUAACUUUCGUAACAGCCUACUUCUAUAUUGAAACGUUCAAAAAGGGCGAGGUCUCGAGAGGAAUAGAACAUUAUCUGGCCUGGUUAGAAGGGUUCUCCAAAUUUGACAAUGAUUUGAUUGCUUUUACAGAUUCACACAAAGUAAAAGGUAUGCUGCAGAGGGCGAGAAUGCAUCUUCCGUCUCACAAAACUAAGAUAUAUUUUAUUAACAAAGGUGACAUGUGGGCGUUUAAUCUUGCCCCUGAAAUCAAGUCAAUAUUCGCUCAACCUGGCUACCCAAAACACUCCCCAAACACAAUAAUAGAACAAUACAGCUGUGCCAUGCAUGCCAAAUACGAGUUAAUGGAAACGGUGAUACGGGAACGAAUGUUCCGGACCAAGUACUUAGCAUGGAUAGACAUCGGUUACUUCCGGUUCAGAUAUGAGAAACAUUUCAAGCUCCAAAUCCCCCCCGAUUUUCGAGACGAUCACAUAGCUUUUGGACAAAUUAAUGCAUUUAAACCGCACACUGCUUUAACGGUUAUACGGGAGGAUGCUGUGUGGGUCGCAGGGGGAAUGUUUAUAGGCAGGCCAGAGUAUCUCAUGGUAUUCAUCGAAGACUACAGGCUAUUAGUUGAAUCACUCAUCGCUCGGCGUCUGAUGGGUACAGACCAAAACCUGCUAUAUAUAAUGUACAUUAAGAAUGAGCACGUGUUCCCUCGGAUUCCCGUACAAACGUACAGCGAUCCCUUUGAAUGUGACUGGUUUUACCUCGGGAACUACUGUCGUUAUGUCUACGAGACGUCGCUCACGGCACGUCAGAGGAGGAACACCGGCCGAGGAAAACUCCUGAGCGUAUACCAGCAAUAUUUGUAGUGGAUAAUUUAUGAGACUUCACGUACAAUGUAUGUAACAGUGGUUAUUUCAAGACAUUUCGUAAACGUUUAUCAUUUAUGUUAGUGAUAACUGGGAAAGGGCUUUAUAUAAUUUAAAAAAAAAAUGUGUCCAAUUCCAAUGUAUAUAUUUUGAUACAAAUAAAAUAUGCAUUAGCCGAUGUUUGUGAGAAUGUUACGGAAGGUUGUUAACAUUUAUUAUCGAUGUUUGUGAGGAUUGUAUGAAAGGUCGUCAACAUGUAUUAUCGAUGUUUGUGAGAAUUGUAUGGAAGGUCGUUAACAUUUAUUGAUGAUGUUUGUGAGAAAUGUAUGGAAGAUCGUUAACAUUUAUUAUUGAUGUCA